UUUUCAAAGUUUACUACCAUAUCCUCAACACCAUUUAUUUUAAUAGCCGUGAAUGUAGUUAGGAACUUGUGUUAGUUUGACUUAUAAAGAGAUAGUCGUUGUGUAGUUGAUCAUUUUCCUCACUGACAAACAAGGACUCUGACAUUGUUCUCCUGCAAAUUAAGACCACUCUCAGAUUUCGACCAUGCCUCUUCCUCUUGUUUCACCUCCUUCUGCCAGCACCCUUUUUUUCUUACCACUCCUCUUCCCAACUUAUUUAUCUACUGAUGCUGAAGGGUACACAGCAUGUGAGCCUUUUAUCUGUGGGAGACUGGGUCGUGUUUGGGGAAUGUUGAAAUGUAAAUGGUUUGGGAGUGAAGAAAGUAAGAGGAAAGAAGGAGGUAGCUUCGUGGGAGAAGUGAGAAGAACUGCUUCCAUAGCUUUCUUUUAUGAGAGAGAGGCUUGUGAGGGAACUGAGAAAAAUUGUGAGCAUGGAUGAUAAACAUAGUCACGUCUACACCUCGCCCCUUGCCUUCGCACUCACCGUCUCUUGCUUCCUCUGCAUCGCUUUGCCACGUUCCCACUCUCAACCAUCUCCACCGUCACCGCCACUUCCACCUCCACCGCCCCAGCUUUGUUCUCAUCAGUUAUACCGGUGCAACAUAAGUGUCUCCGCCAUCUUCGAUCCUCCCUGGGAAAAGAUUCCACCCUCUCAAUGUAACGGCGCCGACCCAUCAUCCCUGCUCAGCUGCCAUAGUGGCUAUGGAUUUCAAAAUUUCACAGUGAAGGAUAUCGACAACACCACUCACACCAUGAAACUGAUGCCAAGACCCCCUGUCGACCAUGUCUGUUCUUCUCAAUUUUUUGACGGCUACCAGAACUUCGAUUACGACAGCUUCAACUAUUCUCUGCUCCCGUAUAAGGCGUCAGUGCAUAAAAUCAUCAUAUACGAAGAUUGUCAUACAAUCCCAAAUUUCCCUUCAAAACGAAACUUUACGUGCGGGGAUGUUCUGUAUUAUUUUGAAGAGGGGUACACGGAAAAGGAGAUGCUCGACAGAUACCCAAAGCUACAAAAUUGCAAGAAUCAUUGGGACGUGCAUGCUGCCCGUCCUCUGGAUCGUUACGAGGAUACUGAUGACGGUGCUGGAGUUCUGGAAGAAGCUCUCAAUGAUGCGUUUGAGGUCAACUACAGUAUUCCUGAUGGUUGCACAAGAUGCAGUGAAAGUGACGAAAGUUGCUCGCCAUAUGUUUAUGACUAUGAUAAACAUGUUUUAUGCAACUACUAUUGCCUAAAUGAACAGUGUUCUCCCAAAAAAAGACUAGUGAAUUGGAAAGCGAAAAUCGUUAUAGGUACUACAAGUGCAGCAACUGCAGUAUUCAUGCUAUGCCUCAUAAUAAUAGGCUGUAGAAAAUGCAUGUCAUCAAGAAGAAAGUUAAAUUUUCAGAUGACUAAUGAGCAAGAUAUUGAAGUAUUCUUAAAAGAUCAUGGAACUCUAGCACAAAAGAAAUACAGAUUUUCAGAAGUCAAAAAAAUGACUAACAACUUCACAGUUAAAUUGGGUGAAGGUGGGUUUGGUGUUGUAUACAAAGGAGAGUUAAGCAAUGGUUACCAUGUGGCUGUAAAAUUAUUAAGGGCAUCCAAAGGAAAUGGCAAAGACUUUAUCAAUGAGGUUGCCAGCAUUAGUAGAACAUCUCAUGUUAAUGUUGUCCAACUUCUUGGGUUCUGUUUGGAAGGAAAAAAGAAAGCCCUUAUUUAUGAAUUCAUGCCUAAUGGUUCCCUCGACAAGUUCAUCAGUAAUAAGGGACUAGAAAGAACUUCAUCUUUGACUUGGGAUAAUCUGCUGCAAAUUGCAAAAGGUAUAGCCAAAGGAUUAGAGUACUUGCACAAGGGAUGCAACACUCGUAUUUUACAUUUUGACAUAAAACCACAUAACAUUCUUUUGGAUGAGAACUUCUGUCCCAAGAUAUCAGACUUUGGGCUUGCAAAACUUUGUCCUGGGAAAGAGAGCACUAUUUCAGUUUCAUAUGCGAGAGGAACAAUAGGAUAUGUAGCUCCAGAAGUGUGCAACAAACAUUUUGGUGGAGUAUCACAAAAAUCUGAUGUGUAUAGUUAUGGAAUGAUGCUACUAGAAAUAGUGGGAGUGAGGAAUAAUAUUAAUGUUGAAGCCACCGAAACAAGUGAAUACUUCCCAGAUUGGAUAUACCGAAAGCUGGAGCAAGACCAAGAUUUGAAAAGUGAUGAUGUGACAGCCACAAAAGAAAAAGAGACAGAAAGGAGAAUGAUUGCAGUAAGUUUGUGGUGCAUUCAAACAUUUCCAAAGGAUAGACCUACUAUGAGUAGAGUAAUAGAAAUGUUAGAAGGCAACAUGAAUUCCCAAGAAAUACCCCCAAAACCUGUUCUUUCUUCUCCCACAAUUGGAUUGGUUCCAGAAUUGACCACUAGUUCCUUGCAGUCUGAGUAGAUCUUAAAAGUUGUUUUUUAAAGAAGAUCUGUCAACUUAAUUAUGUUUCAGUUGUAAUAUUAUAUAUAUAUAUAUAUAUAUAUAUAUAUAUAUAUAUAUAUAUAUAUAUAUAUAUAUAUAUAUAAGUUGUGGACCAAGCUGAGGGGUGUAUUGUACAUGAUGCAACGAAAAUAGAAGUUGCUGGGGGCGACGGUUAUGAUGAAUAUGUAGUUUCGUGCAGCUAUCGCCCAAAUGAAUCUGAUGCUCUCCAAGAGUGCAGCUAUUACCAAUCAAUACUUCAUUUUUAUUUAUAAAAAAUUUCCUUUUCUCUUGACAAAUUAUCGUGUUUCUUUUAUGACUUGUAUCCUUCCUUCCAAGGUUUCUUUCCCACCAAGUCUCAUAAAGCUUGGGUUUGGUAUUGUUGGUAUAUCAAUUGUCCUAACUCUUCGUAUACCUUGAAACCAACACAGUGGAAUUAGUAUUUUAUUAGGGAUAUAUGUUGAGGGAAUCGAGAAAAUAAUUGAAUUGAAGAAAUCAUCUUACACAUUGUUAUAGGGAUGGAAAAUAAUUGUGUCAAGAAGCUAAGUAGGAUCAAGAUGAAGAAUCGGACAUUGUUAAGACAUAAAAAAAACUUGACUAGGAUAAAAAGACAUGGAAAGAAACUAAAUCAAAGUAGAGAAACAUAAAGAGAAGAGCAAUUGAAGCAUAGAUUAAAGUUAAUUCGAGAAAAAGGUUGUAUACAUUAAAGGCUACAGAUCGUGA